AAACAAGUCAUAAAGCUCGAACUUACCCUCUUCCAGAUCCAACCAUGGAUCACAGCAGAUCCGGGCCAUUCCACUAUUCAUCUGAUUGCUCGCAACGCCGAUCAACGUUUCACACUCUGUCAGCUGGACAUGGAUAAUGACACUGGAUCAAUGGCCCUGACUAAAUCCUAUGUGGGGUACGAUUGGCUAGGCGUGGGAUGGCCAUGGAUUCGCAAUCUCGCAAUCGCUUCCAGCAACAGGAGCUGUGUCUUCUUCUCUGGUAAUGAGUCCCCUCAUAAUCCAAGAAUUGUCGCCUGCUCGAUAGAAGAGGACCGACUCGGUGAAUUUCAGGUAUUAUGGGAGCUCCCUGGACCUGAUUGCUGGGACUGUGGUUUAUACUUGUCGUUUGAUGAUGUUCUUGGUAUAAUGACAAUUGGAACGUCCCAGGGAAGUGUAUGGCUUGUUGAUUUUGGACUAUUAGGGGAGAACUCAGUGUUUAUCAAUGGGAAAGCGAAUAUCCCGCGGGAAUUACAGAAGAAUCCCAUUUUAGCUUUACGUUCAUAUCUGGAGCUUCCUACAGAUAACUCCCUAUGCCCACCGCCGAAUGACUUUAAGUACACAAGUAAUAUGGAACUCCCUUUCUGCCACCAGUCCCUGGAGGGUGGCGCCCACACCCAGACAUCCUUUUCCCAUCAUCAUACAAGUGGGGAAUGAUGGGAUCUCCACCACCUUCGUCUGUGCCGCAAGAGUUCACACUAAGAGCUCCCCCAUGGCGACUUUGAAGCUUUGUUAAUAGGGAAGGAUGAGGUGGUUCUGUUUCGCAUUGGGUCUAUGUUCGACUUGUGGGAUCCUUUCCCUUC